AUGGCUGACUCCUCCGCUGAGCGUACCUACGUGAUGAUCAAGCCCGAUGGCGUGGCCCGUGGCCUCAUCGGUGACGUUAUCUCCCGCUUCGAGAACAAGGGCCUCCAGCUUGUGGCCAUGAAGCUCGUUCAGGUCACGCCUGAGCACGCUGAGAAGCACUACGAGGACCUCAAGUCGAAGCCUUUCUUCGCUGGCCUCGUCGAGUUCAUCACCUCGGGCCCCGUGUGCGCGAUGGUGUGGAAGGGCCCGAACGCCGUCCGCAUCGGCCGCCUCCUCGUCGGCGCCACCAACCCGGCCGAGGCUGCUGUCGGCACUGUCCGUGGCGACCUCGCCGCUGACAUCUCGCGCAACAUCGUCCACGCUUCGGAUGCUGUCGAGUCCGCCAACCACGAGAUCGCUCUCUGGUUCAAGGACGAGGAGAUCACCUCGUGGGACCUCCCGGCCGCCCAGUGGAUCUGCGAGUAA